CACGCGAUUGGCCGCUGCUCUAGUAAGAAACGCGAUUGUCAGACUCGUGAUUGGCCGCUGCUCUAGCAGGUCCUGCUGGAGUCAGGCACGCGAUACUAUUUAAAAGAACGCGCACAGAACGAGCACUAUCAACACUGUUCGUUCAACAACAGCUGUAUAAUUAGGACGAAUCCUUUGCAUCCUUGAACACAAGACACCAUGAGGAGAGUUGCUCUCCUUUUACUGCUGACUGGACUGUUGACCAUUGGAUGUGGCUGGCAUAACAGCUAUGAUCAGCCUUUAAAUUUUCAAUGCCCUGCAGGCCAGUCUGUAUCUUUCAUAAUCAGCAAACACAGCAAUUAUCAUGAGGACCGGCUAUGGGCAUUUAGCUGCAAACCUACCUUCAGCCCCCGUGCAAAGUGUUUCUUGUCACCUUAUGUCAAUAAAUUUGACCAAGCAUUCACCUUUGAGUGCCCACCACAACACGUGAUCGCAGGAAUGAGCAGCUACCACAGCAACUACCAUGAGGACAGACGGUGGCGUUUUUACUGCUGUAAAAAUGCAUGCAUUUCUAAAGUUAGCAAAAACUGUCAUUGGACUUCACACCUGAACUGGUUUGAUGAGACCUUCUACUGGAAUGUGCCUCACCACAAUGUUCUGGUGGGCGCUGGAAGCUACCAUCAAAAUUAUCAAGAAGAUCGGCGAUGGAAGUACAAGUACUGUCCCAAACGAUCAUGUUGAUACCAGACUCUCUCACAACUGUAUUCUCAGUUCAGUGAACCUUACAAUUAAAAGGUUGGAAACAUAGGAUUGUGUGUGAUUCACUGCAUGCUUCAGUAGGCAGAAAUCAUUGGAUUAAGUCUUAACAGUAUUUUGAAUCUUUUAGUAACAGUAAUCUUUUUGAUUAGACGAUGCAAAACAGCUUUACUGAUAGCUGGAUACCUAAUCAACCGCUCUAAAAAAUUCUAAACGUGCCAAAACUUAACAAUGUUCACAUCAACCAAAAUAUGUAUUUCACAGUAUUUAAAUUAAUUCCAUAGUGUCCUGCACAAUGAGAGUGAAAAAAGGCACACCGAUUCUAUGUGGGUUUCACCAAUAACUCAUAAAACAACCCUAAAAUAUAGUACCAGUAUUAAUGGAAAUUGGGCAUAAAUGUUUUUACACAAGACUAAAACUCACACACACACACACACACGUUUGUUUUUGUGAAAAGUGGGGACAUCCCAUAGGCGUGAUGGUUUUUAUACUGUACAAACUGUAUGUGCUAUUGCC